GCGUACCUUGGACAUAAGCGGAAGCGGAAGUCUACUUCCAUAAACACGGAAGAAAAUUUCGGGAAAAUUUUUGGAAUAUGAGCCGAAUCUAUCACAACAUUAGCUUACAAAACAAAGCUGUACACAAUGAAACAUUUGACAAGGCUUGGUUGCCAUCGUCAUUUGAAAGUGGCCAAGGAGUUCUUGUUGAAGGAACACUGGUGGAUUUUUCCAGACAUGUCCUGACUGAUGUCAACAAUAAGAAGGCUCGCUACCACGUCCUGUACAUCAAACCUAAACGCAUCCAUCAGAGGAAGUUUGAUGCCGAUGGGAAGGAGGUGGAGCCUAACUUUAGCCAAACCAGAAAGGUCAACACGGGCUUCCUCUUGUCCUCUUACAAGGUAGAAGCCCGGGCGGAGUCGGACGUCCUAUCAGAAGAUGAGCUAUCAGCAACGAUCCGUAAGGAGGAUCUGGUGAAGAUCACGGACAAGCACAGGCCCAGCGGCACGUUGGCCUUCUGGUACCCCGACUCUGAGAUGGACAAGACGGAGUUGGACAUGGAAGCAGACGUUCGAGUGAAGACCAGAGGGAACAGUCCAUUCAUAUUCUCCUUAGCUAGACUGGACAGCGGCACAGUGACCAAGUGUAACUUUGCUGGAGACUGGGAGGUCGGGGCAUCGUGGACGGACAAGAUCAUGGCCAACAAAUCCGGAGCGGCCAGCGCCCACCAGCCUGGAGACCAAGGGGACGGAGCUCAGGAGGACGAGUGGGACGACUGAAGAAAAGUCAUUUUCCCAUCUUUGGAACCGAUGUGCUUGGUGACUGUUUGUCACAGAGAUCCAAAGUGUGACCCGGGGGCCACGUGCAGCACACGGCACAUUCUACAAAUAUCUUUCACAAAAAAAUGAAAUAAAAACAAUGGAGAUGGCAAACAAACUGAUGUAAUUUCCGU